AAUUUUAAAUUAGAAUUUUAUUUAUGCAUCUAUCUUUUAUUUAGUCCUAAUGUGAACAUUAAAGUAAAAUUAUCAAUUUAUAUAUAUUUCAUUUUCAAGAGGCUUUAAAAAUGAAUGAACUGCAUGUCAAAAAAAUAAAACUUAUUGUACCAUCUUUAAAUGAAAUAAAUGAAGUUAUCUUGCCUGAGCUAUCAAAGAAUUUUAAAAGAGUAAGCAUUGAAAUUGUACAAUGUCCUGAUCUGACACAAUCGCCUUUCUUUUUGGUUUCUGAAGGAUUGAGUGGAAAUGAAAACAUAAUAGAUGUUGGGAGUCCAUCUUAUUUGUUUCCAAUAGUUAAUAAAGAUAAAGUUUAUAAAUUUGAAGAUCUUCAACAAAUAACAGGAUCUGAUCAAAUAUUUAUUAUUGGUGCUAGCGGUAGUGCAUGGCCUUAUCAUGGCGAGUUGGCAGCAAAUUUUUUCAAAUCUGGUAAUAAUGUUAAAAAUGACACAAGAAUUGUUAAGAUUAAUCAUGAAAAACAAAAUUGCAUUACUGAAAAAUUACCUAUCAAUGAAACUAGAUUUGCUUUUUUAGCUAAUUAUUACUCAAGUAAUGGGCUUAAAGGAGAAGUGUUACGCAUUGAAUGUGAAAAACGUAUUGGUCCAUUAGAUUUUUUAACUUCUAUAAGACAAGCUCUUACAAAGUUUUAUGGAAAUAAACUAGUUGGUCUAGGUGGAGUUAUUUUAAUAGAAACUGGUAAAGUAAAAGUUCAUGUUAUGCCAGAAUUUUCAAAGACACCAAUCAAUUCAGAAGAUGAUUUAAAUAAAUGGUUGAAAUUCUUUGAAAUUCCUACCCCAUUAGUGGGUUUAGGAUAUUUCGUGUCACAUGACCCAGGUUUAGAUUUGAGAUUACAACAUUUUCAUUUAUACAGUGAACACGGUGUAGGUGGUCAUUAUCGUUGUGAUACAGAACCAGCUACUAUAAAAUAUACAGCAUAUUUGAAUGUGGCAAAUAAUCUUUACAGAGUUGACCAACCAGAUGGAAAUUAUUCUUCAAACUAAGAUUAAUUACAAUUUAGUAUUUGAAACGUAGAAUUAAUUUUGUGUUAUUUCAAAGUUAAUAUUUUGCAUUAAUUUAGCAUUAACAUUUUGAAAAUUGUACUAGACAAAUUUUUCACGUUUAAUAAGUAUAAUUUUUAAUAAAAUAAAAUAAUUUUUAUGAUAUUUCAUAAAUAAAUAUAUUGAACUCAAAAUCUUAUUUGUAUGUA